GAGAGAGAGAGAGAGAGAGAGUGAGAACGAGAGAGAGAGAGAGAGAGAGAGAGAAAGAGGAGCAGAGAAGAUCCUGAGAGGAGGAAGAGGUGGAGAAAAUCAGCUGCCUUCCUGGAUUUGUCUUGCUCAGCACAUCGUCGGAGCCGAGGGUUGCUUUCUUAGAAGUCCACAUUUGAGCUCUCUCCUUCCUGCUUCCUCCUUGCUGUGGUGGCUGGGAUGCUUCUUCCAUGAUUGUUUUGAAUCUAGACUGGGCAGUUCUCUGUGUUAAAUCAAUCAAUUACGACCUCUUAACAGUGUGAAGUGAGGGAGGCCUCUCCCUCUUUUCUCCUCCCUCUGUGAUCCACCUUCCCUUUUACCCUGCUCUGUGGUGGCUCUGCCCCUUACCUUCAUGGAUGACUCAGAGGUGGAGUCGACCGCCAGCAUCUUGGCCUCUGUGAAGGAACAAGAGGCCCAGUUUGAGAAGCUGACCCGGGCGCUGGAGGAAGAACGGCGCCACGUCUCGGCGCAACUGGAACGCGUCCGGGUCUCGCCGCAAGAUGCCAACCCACUCAUGGCCAACGGCACUCUCACCCGCCGGCAUCAGGAUCACAGUCACCUUCUGUAUAGCACAAUCCCCAGGAUGCAGGAGCCGGGGCAGAUUGUGGAGACCUAUACUGAGGAGGACCCUGAAGGAGCCAUGUCUGUUGUCUCUGUGGAGACCUCAGAUGAUGGGACCACUCGGCGCACAGAGACCACAGUCAAGAAAGUCGUGAAGACGGUGACAACACGAACUGUACAGCCAGUCCCCGUGGGGCCAGAUGGGCUGCCUGUGGAUGCUGCAUCAGUGUCUAACAACUAUAUCCAGACUUUGGGUCGUGACUUCCGCAAGAAUGGCAAUGGGGGCCCUGGUCCCUAUGUGGGCCAAGCAGGCACUGCUACCCUUCCCAGGAACUUCCAUUACCCUCCUGAUGGAUAUAGCCGCCACUAUGAAGAUGGGUAUCCGGGUGGUGGUGACAACUAUGGCAGUCUGUCCCGGGUGACCCGCAUUGAGGAGCGGUAUAGGCCCACCAUGGAAGGCUACCGGGCGCCAAGUAGACAGGAUGUGUAUGGGCCCCAGCCUCAGGUUCGGGUGGGUGGGAGCAGUGUGGAUCUUCACCGUUUUCAUCCAGAACCUUAUGGGCUAGAGGAUGACCAGCGAAGCAUGGGCUAUGAAGACCUGGAUUACGGCCUGAUGUCCGAUUACGGCACUGCCCGUCGGACUGCGACACCCUCUGACCCUCGCCGACGUCUCAGGAGCUAUGAAGAUAUGAUUGGUGAGGAGGUGCCGUCGGAUCAGUACUAUUGGGCUCCUUUGGCCCAGCACGAGCGAGGAAGCUUGGCAAGCUUGGAUAGCUUGCGCAAGGGAGGGCCACCCCCUGCUAAUUGGAGACAACCUGAGUUGCCCGAGGUGAUCGCCAUGCUAGGAUUUCGCCUGGAUGCUGUCAAAUCCAAUGCAGCUGCAUACUUGCAACACUUAUGCUACCGCAAUGACAAGGUGAAGACCGACGUGCGGCGACUCAAGGGCAUCCCAGUGCUAGUGGGGUUGUUAGACCACCCGAAAAAGGAAGUACACCUUGGAGCCUGUGGCGCGCUGAAGAAUAUCUCUUUUGGCCGUGACCAAGACAACAAAAUCGCCAUAAAAAACUGUGAUGGUGUCCCUGCCCUUGUGCGAUUGCUCCGAAAGGCUCGUGACAUGGACCUUACUGAAGUCAUUACUGGAACCCUGUGGAAUCUUUCAUCCCAUGACUCAAUUAAAAUGGAGAUUGUGGACCAUGCACUGCACGCUUUGACAGAUGAAGUAAUCAUCCCACAUUCUGGCUGGGAAAGAGAGCCUAACGAAGAUUGUAAGCCGCGCCAUAUUGAGUGGGAGUCGGUGCUCACCAACACAGCUGGCUGCCUUAGGAAUGUAAGCUCAGAGAGGAGUGAAGCUCGCCGGAAGCUUCGGGAAUGUGAUGGCUUGGUUGAUGCCCUUAUUUUCAUUGUUCAGGCUGAGAUUGGACAGAAGGAUUCAGACAGCAAGCUUGUGGAGAAUUGUGUUUGCCUCCUUCGAAACUUGUCCUAUCAAGUUCACCGGGAGAUCCCACAGGCAGAGCGUUAUCAGGAGGCACCUCCCAGCGUUGCCAACAAUACUGGACCACAUGCUGCCAGCUGCUUUGGGGCCAAGAAGGGCAAAGAUGAGUGGUUCUCCAGAGGAAAGAAGCCCCCUGAGGAGCCUGUAAAUGAUACAGUGGAUUUCCCUAAAAGGACCAGUCCUGCUCGAGGCUAUGAACUCUUAUUUCAGCCAGAGGUGAUUCGGAUAUACAUCUCCCUUCUCAAGGAAAGCAAGACUCCUGCUAUUCUAGAAGCCUCAGCUGGAGCUAUUCAGAACUUGUGUGCUGGGCGCUGGACGUAUGGUCGUUAUAUCCGCUCUGCUCUGCGUCAGGAGAAGGCUCUUUCUGCCAUAGCUGACCUACUGACCAAUGAACAUGAGCGAGUAGUGAAAGCUGCCUCCGGAGCACUGAGAAACCUGGCUGUGGAUGCCCGUAACAAAGAGCUGAUUGGUAAACAUGCUAUUCCUAACUUGGUGAAGAAUCUGCCUGGGGGGCAACAGAAUUCCUCCUGGAAUUUCUCUGAAGACACUGUAGUCUCUGUUUUGAACACCAUCAAUGAGGUCAUUGCCGAGAACUUGGAGGCUGCCAAAAAGCUCCGAGAGACACAGGGCAUCGAGAAGCUGGUGUUAAUCAACAAAUCAGGGAAUCGUUCAGAAAAAGAAGUUCGAGCAGCAGCACUUGUGUUACAGACAAUCUGGGGGUAUAAAGAACUGCGGAAGCCACUGGAAAAAGAAGGGUGGAAGAAGUCAGACUUCCAGGUGAAUCUAAAUCAUGCUUCCCGAAGCCAGAGCAGUCAUUCAUACGAUGACAGCACUCUCCCGCUCAUUGAUCGCAACCAAAAAGCAGAUAAGAAACCUGAUCGGGAAGAGAUUCAGAUGAGCAAUAUGGGAUCUAACACAAAAUCACUAGAUAACAAUUAUUCCACACUGAAUGAGAGAGGGGACCAUAACAGAACACUGGAUCGAUCCGGGGAUCUGGGUGAUAUGGAGCCAUUGAAGGGAACACCAUUGAUGCAUGACGAGGGACAGGAAUCUCUGGAGGAAGAUUUGGAUAUGUUGGUUUUGGAUGAUGAGGGGCACCAAGUGUCUUACCCCCCCAUGCAGAAGAUUUAGUGCCACCGUCUCCGCUCCAUCCAGGCUUAUAAUAUAUGUACUUUUAUUUUUGGCGGUGAAAUGGACUGAUGAUUUUUCCUUUCUUCGCUGGACUAUUGUGCCAACUGCCAGGCUGCCUCCCGCUUUUAUAGCCCUAAGUGGCUGCCUUCUCUCUAUCAAUUCCCAGCUUCUUCCAGUGAAGUUUAAAUGUCCCGCCCACCUCCACCCCCAUUCCCUCCAGUUUCUUCAAGAAGCUUGACUCAGUUAUUUGCGUAUUUUGAGGAACUGCUGCAGAUUAGCUAUUUUUGCCAACUCUCCCUGAACUCUUAGCCUUGUGUGAAGGGAGGGAGUGGAAAUCUUCACUGGAAGCAAUGGAGAAGAAUUGGAGCUGAUAUGCACUAUAUGCAGUGUCCAGCAAUCUGACAAACUGAUGAUUCCUAAUCAAGAUUUUUUUUUCCCCUUGGUGGGGAAGGGACUUUUCUAUUCCCUUUUGGAGAAGAGGAAGUGUAAGCUCUUCCCUUAUUCUAAUGGCUGUUUUUGAAGCAAAGAAGGCUGGCAACAUUGGCAUGUACCACCUGGCAAGGGCCCUUGAGUAAGUGAAGGUCUUCUAGAACUGGGAUUUAAGGAAUUUUGCUCUCCUCACUGAUGAGGCAGGGACCAUCAAAGACCUACAGACUCCAUCUCUCCUGCAAGCCUCAUGCCAGUUCUGGUGUGCUGCCACUGAGGCUGUUCUUGUCCCUCGCCUCCCACCUGUGACAUGUCUGCCGACUUGGCCUGGCCGGUUGCAAGAGGCCAUAAAAAGAGGAGAACGCCAAGGAAGACUUUUGGUUGUGAAGGAGCAAAAAGCUAUCUUGGAAAGAAGAGGAACCUCUAGGAGAAGCUAGUGGGAGUGCGCAUGAAGUGGUUAGUCAGAACAUGGCAGAAAGCUUCAGAGCUGGCUUCCCUCUGUCCCUUUCCCCCUUGUCCUUCUCUUUUGUCCCGUCGUCCCCUGCCUUCUCCCUGGAUUGGUUGGCCAACUAAAGGACUUGAUGUACAUAAGUCUUGCCCUUUUCCCCUGACAAGGUGGGGGUUGCCCCUGGCUUUGCCUCUUCUCUGUGCCUUUGGCCUGGGGUGCAGCUCCUCCCUCCCUUCCACGUGCCUUUCUUUAGCUCCGCAGUCUCAUUCCUCAUGAUUUUGCAGAUUAUAUUUUGUUGCUUUCUUGCCCACUAUUGGCCCUCAGAAAUAGGAAGAAGAGAAGAGGUAGAGAACUUCAGAUUCUCAAUCGGGGAUUGGCAUAGCUUUUGAUUUUAGCCAUAGCAAGCUUUUGCUCAACAGCAUAGGGUUGGGAUUUUGUAAAAUCCCAUUCUGAUAAAUCUCAUAGUGAAGUUAAUGGGAGGAGUGAGUGCUGUGACACUUACUCUUUGGUCGCCCACAAGUUCCCAUCAUCUCUGAAGGGGUCGUAGGGAAGUCAUCUUUUCCUGAUUGCCCCCUUCCCGCUUUGUUGUGUAUUAGCAGAUUGGGCUAGAGGAAUCGGCUGCUAUGCGGGGUUUUUGUUGUUGUUGUUGUUUGUUUUGUUUGUUUUGUUUUUAUUCCUUAUUUGCCCUCUACUCCCCUUAAUCUGAAAGCUUUGUUCAAUGCAACUGGAAUUCUUUAUCCCUCUCUUCCUCUUCCCCUUAUAUACUGAGGCUAUGGGGUAGGAGAAAAGUGCACAACUCACCCUUCCUCCACCCUUUCCCCAUAUGUUCAAAUUCCUUAUUUGUCUCCCCUCCCAUUUCUUCCUGUUCCCAUCUACCUUACAUUCUCUGCCCCCCCAGAGCACUCCUUCCCGGGGAAGCUGCCCAGCCCACCUGCUCCACUCUUGUUUUCCCCUGCCCUCCUCUGCUUCUUUCCUGGUGCUCUCUUUCUCGGUGGGAUGUGGGUGAUAGAACAGCCAUGGGCUUUUGGGGACCUUUAAUUGCUUUCUUUCUUUUUUUUUUUUUCCCUUCUUUCCUUCUUUGAUUUAUAAAAACACUAAGCAUUCAAUUCCAGAGAACCAAAAAUCCCACUUUCUCACUGAACACUACUAAGGGGCAUGCCUUCUGCUCCAUCUUUUCUCAUUUUCUUUCUCUCUUGUUAAUGCUUUUAAAAACAAAUGAGUUUUUUUAUAUAAAUAAAGUUUUUAAAGUGUG